GAUGAUGAUGAUUAUGAUGAUGAAGAUGAAUAUGAUGGUGAUAAUGAUGAUGUUGAUGUUGUUGAUUGUGAUGAUGAUAAUGAUGGUGCUGAUGAUGAUGAUGAUGAUGAUCGUGAUUCGGAUGAUGAUGAUGAUGAUGACGAUGAUGAACAUGAUGAUGAUGAUGACGAUGACGAUGGUGAUGAUGCUUUUGAUGAUAAUGAUAAUGAUGUUGAUGUAGAUUAUGAAUUUUAUUUUUAUGAUGAAGAUGAUGAAAAUGAUGAUGAUGAUGAUGCGGAUGAUGACGAUGAUGAUGAUGUUGAUGAUAUUGAUAAAGAUGUCGAUGAUGUUGACGAUGAUGAUGAUGAUGUAUCGGAUGUUGAUGAUGAUGAUGAUGAGGAUGCUGAUGAUUUUGAUGAUAUUGAUGAUGAUCAUGAGGCUGAUAAUGAUGAUGAUGAUGAUGAUCAUGAUGAUGAUGAUGAUUUUGAAGAUGAUCAUGAUCAUGAUCAUGAUGAUAAUGAUGAUGAUGAUGAUGAUGAUGAUGAUGUUGAUGAUGAUGACGAUGAUGUCGAUGAUGAUAAUGAUGAUGAUGCUGAUGUCGAUGAUGAUUAUUAUGAUGAUUCGGAUGAUGAUGAUUUUGAUGAAGAUGAUGAUGAUGAUGAUGAUGAUGAUGAUGAUGAUUCGGAUGAUGGUGAUGAUAAUUCGGAUAAUGAAGGUGAUGAUGAUGCUGGUGAUGACGAUAAUGAUUCGGAUAAUGAUGAUGUUGAUGAUGAUAAUGAUUUUGAUGAUAAUGAUGAUGGUGCUGGUGUCGAUGAUGAUUAUUAUUAUGAUGAUGAUGAUGAUGAUGAUGAUGAUAAUGAUGAUGAUAAUGAUGAUGAUGUUGAUUCGGGAAAUGACGAUGAUGUUAAGGAUGAUGAUGAUGAUUUUGAGGAUGAUGAUGAUGCUGAUGAUAAUGUUGAUGAUGACGAUGAUGAUGAUGAUGAUUCAGAUGAAGACGAUGAUGAUGAUCAUGACGAUCAUGAUGAUCAAGAUGAUGAUGUUGAUGAUCAUGAUUACGAGGAUGGUGAUGAUUCGGAUUAUGAUGAUGGUGACUUUGAUAAUGCUGAUGAUUAUGAUUCGCAUGAUAAUGAUGGUGAUGAUGUUGAUGAUGAUGAUGAUGAUGAUGAUAAUGAUGAUUCGGGCGAGGAUGUCGUUUAUUCGAAUAUUGCGGAUGAACAUAAUGAUGAUGUUCAUGAUGAUGUUCACGAUCAUGAUAAUGAUGAUGAUCAUUCGGAUGAUUAUGAUAUUGAUGAUGACGAUGAUGAUGAUGAGGACUCGGAUGACUAUGAUGAUGAUGAUGAUGAUGAUGAUGAUGAUAAUGAUGAUGAUGAUUAUGAUGAUGAUGAUUCGGAUGAUGAUGAUGAUGAUGAUGAUGAUGAUGAAGAAGAUGAUGAUCAGGAUGAUGAUGAUAUUCGGAUAAAAAAUGAUGAUCAUGAUGAUGGUGAUGAUGCUGAUGAUGAUGAUGAUGAUGAUGAAACUGAUGAUGUUGAUGAUGACGAUGUUAAUGACUAUGAAGAAGAUGUUGAUGAUUCUGAUGAAGAUAAUGAUAAUGAUGAGGAUGAUAGUGAUGAUGAAGAUGAUGAUUUGGAUGUUGAUGAUGAUGAUGAUGAUGAUGAUGACCAUGAUCAUGAUCAUGAUCAUGAUCAGGAUGAUGAUGAUGAUGAUGAUGAUGAUGAUGAAUAUCAUUAUGAUGAGGAUGAUGUUGAUGAUGAUGAUGAUGAUGAUGAUGAUGAUGAUGAUGAUGAUGAUGAAGAAAAAAUGAUGAUCAUGUUGAUGGUCAUGAUUCUGAUGAUGAUGAUGAUGAUGAUGAUGAAACUGAUGAUGGAUGAUAGUGAUGAUGAAGAUGAUGAUUUGGAUGAUGAUGAUGAUGAUGAUGAUAAUAAUAAUGAUGAUGAUGAUGACGCUGAUGUUGGUGAUGAUGUUCAUCAUGAUUACCAUGUACAUAAUAAUGAUGGUGAUGACGAUGAUGAUGAUGUUUCGGAUGAUGGUGAUGACGAUGAUGUUGAUGAUGAUGUUCAUCAUGAUUAUCACGUACAUUAUAAUGAUGGUGAUGACGAUGAUGACGAUGUUUCGGAUGAUGAUGAUGACGAUGAUACUGAAGAGGAUGUUUUUGAUGAUUUUGAUGAUGAUGAUGAUGAUGAUGAUGAUGAUGAUGAUGAUGAUGAUGAU